AUGCAGGUUCUACAGGACAGCCUGUUUUACUCUGUCAGGGCAGGUCUAAGCGGAGAGCUGGAUGAUGAGCGCGAGCUGCUAGUGCAAGAGCAGAAGUCCUGCAGAGCUCGCGCACGCAAAUUCUCUCUGGAGACGAAUCGUCGACGAAGGGCUCUAGAGGAGAGGAGGAGGCAGAGAGAUAUUCAGGAGCAGAGGUUGCGGGAGAACAUUCUGCAGCAACGUAGACAGAGAGUUCAGGAGGCCACAGAACGUUUUCAGAGAGCUCAUCUACCUCCCUCGGACAGGAAGAGACCAGGCAAGACACUGAGAAAACAAACUCCAAACAUCGAUGAAGCUCUCAGUCAUAUUCAAGGAACCGCAGGCUCUUACCCACAUCAGUCCUUCUUAUCUAGCCCCUCUACCCUCAGCAGGAGCUGCACCCCCUCCCCCAGGCCUCCCAGCGGACCCACCGGCUCUCGAUGUCAGCGCCUCUCUACAGCCGAGGCCUACGGCAGACUCACGCAAGAGAGGAGUCUGAGUAACCUCAGAAGCAGCCAGCUCCUCUUCCUCUCUGAGCUCCAGGAGAGCCAGAGUCUGCUGAAGGAUGGGGAGCAGAGCAACCCACAGGAAUGGGGGGGUACUGCACGUAGCCUUACAGAGAGCCUUUCCAGCCUGGAUAGCCUGGAGAAUGAAGACCCCUGUCAGGACCAAACCACAGACCCUGCCUCCUGCUCCAGCUCUUGUCUGGAUGCCUUACAGCUACAGGACAGCAGAACACCUCAGGCACCACAGAAACACCUCGGCUCCUUUUGGCCGUCAGCCGACAUCAACCGUCACUCAAACAAAAGCCUGCUUGCCAAAGUGUUGAACCAUUCAAGCAAGCCUGACUGUACCACACCCAAAGCUCUUCUCAGGGACAUCGAGUCAGCAGAUUCAGGCUGGAGUCUACAAGACUUAACACAGGCAGCAGGGCAGUGCAACCUGAAGGACAACUCUCCAAGCUCUAACAUUCAGCACCAUCCAAACGAGUCAAACCUGCUGAGUCAGCAGGCCCUGCUGUCAAAUUUAGGACACAUGACUUUCUGUUAUGAUGGGAACACCCAAGGGAAUAUCCAGACAGACAAAAGCCCUGGCAUUAACCACUGUGAAACAGCACCAGCCGUGCCGGACUCCACAUCCCUGGAGUUCUCAGGUCGACUCCAAGAACCUAAGUCCAACUCAGAACAGGAGGAGAGGUGUCCUAAACCCCCCUCAGCAGCUCUGAAUGUUCUGCCCAGAAGCACGUUCAAACGCACAGAUGGUUUAUGUGAAGUUUGCUCACACUCGGCUGUUAACCUGAACGUAACCUCCCAGUGUGCCACUGUACCCUUGAGCUCUCACUCUCAGCUAAUAGAGACAAAGAGUCCUCAGCAGGCUCAGAAGCACAAACCAGAUGUGGAUGCCGCUGGCAACCACGGAAGAGAAACAAAGACCGAAUGGGCAGAGGAAAGAUGUAGAAAAGCAGAUUCUGGCAGCACAGUCACCAAUGCUGACCUUGAGAAAGCUAAUGUGGCCAAGUCUUCCAGUAUCACAGAGCAGUUGGCCAGAUUUCCCUCUCAGACCGACGCUGCCCAUCCUGUCUCAAGAACAGCUGAAGUUAGGUUCCUUAAAGGAAUUUUAAAAAAGCAAUCAAAAUACAUUGCAGGGGACACGAAUCUCUUUUUUGGACCAGGGCAUUUGAUCUUCACCAGGCAAGUGGCUAUGUCGAUUCGGGACAGUGUUGAGCUGACCAAGGCAAAGACCAAAGAGCCGGAGAGCAGUCAGACUGUGAAGAAGAAGCUGCGAUGGUUUGAUGAGGUCAGUGCUGAAGAAAGGCGGGUGGAUGAGGAUAGGCCUGUGAGAGAACAGAACAGACCAACACCAGCCAAAUCCAGACCUGGUCCUCAACCUCCACAUAAACCUGUGUCAGUGGACCACCAGCAAGGGUCCUACCAUUCUGCAGGGCAUGUGAGUGUUCCCUCAGGAGGGCCAAAGAACACAUCUAUGAUGGCCCUUGUGAGCCCACACCCAACCAAGCUGGCUUGGGCAGAUGUGGAAGUCCAGCAGCAGGUGGAGGAAUCAAAGCCACAUAGAGCCAGCACUCGGCUCGGGCCCAGGGUUCCCCGUAGAGUGCGUUCAGCAAGACCAGGCUCAGGUGCCGUAUCUGUUCGAGCCAGGAAGGGCACCAUCAUCAGGCCACAGUCCGCCAGCGCAGCCAGUCAUGUGACUAAGACCCAAGGGAAGGUCAUGGUACCUCGACCCCCGCCCAGGACUGAAACAGUGGACAUCUAUCAAGGAGACACCCCGGUGCACACCACCAAGGUGGCUCACAGUGACAACAAUGCCCAUAAUAAGCCAGGCCUUUCAAUAGAACACACCCAGUACAAAGACAAUUCAGAUGUCCAAGUGAAGGUUCACCGCCAUGUUCCCAAGAGAGACGAAGGCACCCUCUUUGCCCCAGUGCCACCCUCUUAUGCCUACACCUGUGAGACCAUGUCAAAGGGCAUCUAUGCUCUCUGUCAGCAGGAUGCCCCCACAGUGAGUGCUGCCAGACGACUGUUGGUGUGUGGAGAGAAUGGCCUGUGUCUGGACCGUACACCCACAGACGAGGAGAUAACACAGCUGUGGCAUGGAGUCCGCAGUGCCUUAGCCAGCAAGGAUGGUGACCCUCGCAGCUUCCCAGCUCACAAUAGCUCGUUGUCUGUGUUGCCUCAAGCCCGUGCCAAUCUGUCCCACGUUACCAUCAACGGUGAUACUCUGAUCAGCGGAGUCAAAGCAGUCACAAGAAUGGGCGGUUUUUUUCUCUCUCCCCCCAAUGUGAGGAGUCCUAUAAGGAGACAGGUGGUGGAGACUAACUCACUGAAGAACAGAGUGUGUGUAGACCACAACAGAACCCAACACUUAGGAUCAGGAGUAAGAAAACUGCCCUUCACCUAUCAGGCGGUUACUCUGAUCCCUGGUAAAGCAGACCAGACAUGUCAGAGUGAAGGCCCAGAGAUAGCUGAACAGUUCCUGCGGGCGGAGCCUCACGAUGAGGAGCUGGUGAUUGACAGAGAGGACCUGAUUGCUGUGGGGACGGUUCAAACCCAUAGGGCUGGAGUGGUACAGCAGCAGCAGAGAGCACAGUCCUUGGGUCUCAGUGCCCUCUCUCUAGAGGAGCAGAGAAUCCUCCAGUCACUGGACAAACUCAACCACCGCUUACAAUAUGUGCAAGAGAUAGUGGGAGCCAAUCCAGCGCUCAAAGGUCUCUUUGCUCUGGACCCGGCCUGUCAGAACCUGUCGGCCCAGACGGGCGAGGCAGCAGCUGCUACCCGGCACAGGCCCCAUACACUCUCUGCCAACAACCACUCACGCUCUCACAGACGAUACUGA